GGAACUCAUGACAUUUUAAUUGAAAAGCAAUUUAUCAAGGAGAAGGUCGCGAAAUUGUUUGCUGAUGUAGCUAGACGUGAAUGGCCAACACGUUGGGCAGACAUGAAUAGCCUUUUGCGGAGUCUCUAUACAUCUAGUCCAACGACACAAGAGUUGACCCUUAUGAUCUUUUGCUAUCUUGGAAAGGAAUCUGAUUUACUAGAUUCUUUGACUUGUAUAAUUACAAGCUACAGUAUCUUGAGAGAGAAAUAUCCUGAUGGUGUAAAAAAAGAUAGUACAAGCUCGCGUAAAGACGAAAUAAUAAUAAUGCAAGGUGAGCCAGAUAGUGAAGGCUGGUUGAUGUUAUGGGUAAGAUCUUUGAAACAACUGUUAAAUGAGCGGCAACGUCAGAGUAUAUUGCAGUCGACUUCGUCUGUAAUUUACGAGAAGCUAAUAAUCGCUACAUUAAGUACCAUUGCAAUAUAUGUUGAGUGGAUUAUUGCAAGGUCCAUUGCAGAAACGAAUGUACUACUGGUAUCAUGCGAAAAUCUUUUAAGUGACUGCUAUGAAAUAAGAAUGGCUGCACUAGAAUGUAUUACUGCUAUUUUUUCUCGUACCUUUCAAACACCGGAAGAUCGUGCACUUGUUUUUGACCCUAUUUAUGAACAAAAUGGCAUGGAGCUAUUGUUUUUGUCCUUUAAGAUGAUCCAACCAAGUCAAGAUUUACUGCUUGAAGAAAACGAUUAUAUAUACUUUAAACAAUAUGUUGAGACCGUUGUUAAAUUCG